UCAAAGUAGUGCAGAUUACUUAAAAAUAAAAAUACAUACGCGUAUAUAUUGAAACAUUCCGUACUCGUUUCACCUCCAUCUCCGUUUCGAGUACAAAUUCUGUGCCUGGCCACUAUUGACUUCAUUUGCCUUUCGAACAGCGUGCGGAUUACUUGAAAACAUGAAAUUGAAAAUCAAUUUGACGUUCCUCUGUGCAGUAUUUGUCUGCAUGUUGUCUGUCAUUUUGUUGACACGAACUGUGGAAAUUUCGGCAGCCAGUGGCAGCGCGGAGGCCUGCAAAGAGCUGAACAAUGUCAACUGCUAUGUUGGUCGGAACGAGGGAAACUAUUGCAACAGCAAGGACACUACCAAAGCCGUAACCCGAUGGUAUUAUGAUAAGGGGGUGUGCCGCAAGUUCACCUACAAGGGCUGCAAUGGGAACCGCAACCGAUUUUGCACACAGGACAGUUGCAAGACGCGCUGUGGAGCCGACUGAGAAGUAAAGGGAGGGGGAACGGACAACAACAAUAGAUGCUAAGUUUUUAUUAUUAGGCUAAGCAGCAGCUACAUCGAAUAUAUUUACAUACAAAUACAUACUACGAGUAUGUAACACCAAA